AUGAGUCAUUUCACGAGUUUGAAUAGACAAUUCGUAUCUAAUUUUAAAGUUUCCGAUCUCGUUACUAAAUCGAAACGUGACUUGAUUUUAUCGAUUCUACGCUCAACUACCACUAAAAGGGAGGCAAAAAAUUUUCUUGAAAAAUACCAAGAUCAAUUUGAUUUGACAGCCACCUCUUUCCAUGAAGUAAACCUCCCAAAAUGGUCUACAACACCAGGAAAGCAGGCUUUGAUCGAAAAGCACUUAACCAGGGGGAAGUCUGGCUUUCAAGCUAAGAUGCGGUCUUUGCAACAAAAUCAGAGUGCCCCCUUAAGAGUGGCGUUAUUCAAAAUAUCAAUGGCGGAUAUUUCGAAUGAACAUCUUGGAGGAAUUACUGAGACUUUGAACAGACUUGUUCAACUAGGAGUCUCGCCGAUUAUAGUAUGUGGUCAAGAUGAUAUGACUGAACAUAGUUUUAAACUGAUUUCCUCAUUUUUAAGUGAACAUGCCGAGAGAUUACUGCUGCUUUUACUGAACAAAGUGAAAAGUGGGCUUGACCUGAUUCCAACUAAUUUAACAAGGUCUUUGUUUAUUGAAGAGAUUAGAGAAUCUGGAGGUAAAGCAAGAAUUGACUCCUUAGAACUGCUCUUGAUUCCUUUGCUCCAGGGUAUCGUGCCAAUAAUCAUUCCAGCAAUAUUCAACGCAAGUGACGGUUCGCAAAGGUUUCUCGAGCCAAAAGAUGCAUUGCUAACUAUAUGCUCCGAGUUGCUGGAAAUUCCAGAUGUAUUGUCGAUUGAGAAGAUCAUAUACAUCGACUCUCUUGGUGGAAUUCCGUCCAUUGAGCGCAAUCAAACAAGUCACGUCUUUAUCAACCUUUCCCAAGAAUUCUCAGACAUUGUUUCAGAGUUGUACAUUGGACAUUUAGAGCCAAAAAUGCGAGAGUCUCACAUGUCUAAUCUUGAAUCGAUGAACAGAAUUUUGCAUCUUGUCGCUCAAAAAACUGGAAGCAACUCUGCGACUGGGAUUAUAACAACGCCUCUUGUGAUGUCCGUGAAUGAUGAUCAGCUUAAUCCUGUGGUAUACAAUGUAUUAACAGAUAGACCAAUCAUCUCAUCAUCAUUGCCAUCGGCUCUACAGAGAACACCACAAGUAUCUACAUCAAUUAUCAAAAAUGGAUUUCAAGUGACUGUUUUGGAUCAAGAUUCAUAUCAUGAAAAAAUGCUACAUUUAAUCGCUGAUUCUUUUGGAAAAAGCCUCAAUACAGAAGAAUAUUUAGCCCGUAUAAACGAUUCACUCGCUACUUUGAUAAUUGUCGGAGACUAUGAAGGUGCAGCGAUUAUCACGUGGGAAUAUUUGAGUAAUGGGAAUAAAGUUGCCUACUUGGAUAAGUUUGCAAUCGCUAAACGAAACCAAGGAAUUCCUAGUUUGGCUGACGUUAUUUUCAAGCUCAUAACCCAAUCGCAUCAGGCGGAACUACUCUGGAGGUCAAGGGCAAACAAUCCUGUAAACAAAUGGUACUUUGAAAGAUGCAGAGGCUCUGUGAAUAUCAAAAGCUCCCCUUGGAAGUUCUUCUACACUGGCGAAAUAUACAAUCGACGUAUGGGUACAAAGAUAGAUGGUACUGAGCAAAGGGGCAUUGACAUAACUGAAAAGCUUCAUUUGUACUCUGAAUUGGUUGAAAAUUUGGAACCUUCCUUCAAAUGAGCGAAGAAAUACCAAUUUCCACCACCAUAUUUCUAUUUAUAGUAUCAAACAGUG